AUCUCUGUGCGUCACAUCCACAUCCGCUACGAGGACACUGUAACCAAUGGCGACCACGCCUUUGCCUGCGGCCUCAUGCUCAAACAGCUCCUGGUGUGUACCACGGACUCACACUGGGAGCCCCGGGGGUCAGAGGCCAUGCCCAACAUGAUGCACAAGAUGCUGAAGAUGGACGAGCUGUCGCUGUACUGGACACCCUACGUCCCCGAGCAACAUCUGCUUAAGUCCAGACUCAACACAGACGGCUGGAGGAAUUUGCUCAGGAUAUCAAUUGACUCUCACAGCAUUUUUGAAGAGGAGUUGGAUUUCAUCAUGGAGCCAGUGGCCGCCCAGGCCCGACUCAUCCUCAACACAGACAACAGCUUCACACUGCCCAAACUGUUCAUGGACUUUACUGUGGAGGAGGUGGAGAUACUGCUGUCUAGGCAACAGUUCCUGAACUUGAUCAACCUAAAAGAUUCCUUCCAGCUGAUGAGGAUCAACCAGCGGUACCGCAAGUACCACCCCAACGUGAGUCUCAAGGUCAGCCCGAAGGCGUGGUGGAAGUACGCGUACACGGCCAUAGUGGAGGAGAUUAUCCGUCCCUACUCCUGGAGCAAGAUCAAAGAACACAGUUUGCCCGCGAGGCACCGGAGAGAGCCCGGCAUUCUGUGAAGAAGAGGAGUGGGUGGUUCAGUUGGAUCUGGGGGGAGGAGGAGGAGGAGGUGGUUGAGGUGGACCAACCCAACAAAAAAGAUUGGCUGUCAACUUUGACCCCUGAGGAGAAGCAGAAACUCUAUGCAGGAAUUGGAUACGAUGAAAACGCAAAAGUUUUGUCCUACCCAAAGAAAUAUGUGGCACAAAAGAUCCAGGUGAUUCUCAAGAGCAGUUGUCUGUCCCUGGUCAACUACAGCAAGAAGAUUCUCCAGGUGUCCUUGACCCACUUACUGUCCACCUGGGAGAACCGACCAGGAGGAAACGCGUUCAGAAUCUCCUGCAACACGGAAAGUUUUGUCAUUGAAGGUGCUUCCAUCGAGCACGAGCUCAUCCCUGUCCUGACCUCUGACAUCGGAGUGUAUGCCCCGUCAGUGAACCAGGUGUUUACGGUGGACUUUGAGUCGAACCCGCUCUACACGGAGGCUGACUACUCCCUCAACAUGAACGUGCAGCCGGUGGAGAUUGUUUAUGACGAGCAUUCCAUCUCGGAGGUGACAGCCUUCUUCCAGCUGCCCCAGGGGGGUCUGGACUUCAAGACGGCGGCCGUGGACACACUGACCACUGUGGCAGAGUACAGCCGGGCAGGUCUGCAGCACGCUAUACAGAUGCACACGACCAUGCACAUUGCCCUCAACAUGCGCUCACCCUACAUCGUGGUGCCAGAGUACGGGACAUUACACAGGGGAGGCAAUGUGUUGAUCAUUGAUCUUGGCACGUUGAGAAUUGAGAGCGAACUGCAGCCAAAGGACGUGUCCCUUGAGGAUGCCACAAUGUCUGAGAUCGAGUCCCGCCUCUACGACCAGUUCAAUAUCAAGAUCAGCGACGUCAAAGUCCUUCUGGCCGACUCCGGAGAUGACUGGCACACAGCACAGAUCCAGCCAAACUCCCAGUUCCACAUACUGCCCAGUGUCCAGCUGCUGGUCACUUUCUUCAAUGCGGUCAAGCCGGAUUUCACACAGUUGCCCAGACACAAGAUGGAGGCAAAGGUCCCAUCCCUCGAGGUCAACAUCUCGGACAAGCGUAUGCUGCUCAUGGCCGCGUUCUUCCGGAACUUUCCGGUGCCUACCAGCACUAGCAUGGCUACCAUAGGAGAGGAUAUGGUGGAUGGGAUGGGAGGUGGAACAGCACUCGCACCUAUACACCUGGAUAUCUCCGAAGCUCAGAUCGACCCUGACCCGGUGACCUUGAGAACCAUCCGAAGGUCAGUCCUGGGACGUAAAGUCGUUGACCGACGGGACUCGGCCUUCCGCAGGUCCCAGAGCAAAGUUCCGACCUUGAUGUACACUACAGGAGAUGAGCCGUUCUACUCUGCCUCGGACUACUCAGAUGAAGAGUUGGACAAACUGUCAGAUAUGCUGGUGAUCAAGCCGGUGGACGACAACGCCUCUGUGGCCAACACCAUCAACAUGCUGAUGAGGAUGUCGUUGGGGGAGCUGGUGGUCAACUUGUCCAAGGAGAUGGACAAAGAGGAGAAGGCGUACCUGAUGUUCCGCGUUGAUCGGCUCAAGGUCGACUCAGCUCUCACCGUACACGGAUACACGGCGUACGCUACGCUGGGCGGGAUACAGCUUGUGGACAAGAUACAUGUUGGUCAGUCCGGGGAGUAUAUGGAGGUUCUGAGUACGCUGACCGCUGGCAAUAGCAACCUGGUCUCUGUUAUGUACCGCAAGGUUGAGGCAGACUGUCCAGAUUUUGCUACGUAUUAUGGGGGCGUGGAACAUGCUAUCAAGGUCAAGGUCCAGUCGAUGUCUGCACUGUUUGACCAGUCCAGCAUGAUCUACCUCAACGUGUUUGCACAGGGAAUUCUUUCCAGUAUUCAGAACCUGGAUAUGAAAACCAGCAGCAGUACGGUGAUGACCAACUCAGACAUCAGCCUCAAGGACCGGGCCUCGCUGACUGACCGCAUCGUGAACAUCACAGAUCAGGUGGAUGGCCUACCGCUAAACAGCACAAAGGUGAAUUUUUCAGCUGAGCUGGAGAAUUUCACGGUCAAACUGACUGACUCGGACAACAGCCUGGCAGAACUCAAGGUCAAAGGUUUUGAGGGCAGUGUGAUAGCCCGACCGGCCAAGAUGAUCGUCCGAUCCCGACUCCGAGAUCUCAGCAUCCGAGACUGCACAGCUGGCGCCAUCUACCCAAAUAUUUUGAUGCUUCAAGAUGACAGCCUGUUUGAUUUAAAGCUGGUCAAGUACAACAAAUCCUCCAGUGCCAGCCAGGACAACAAACUGUCGGCAGCCAAUGGCCUGGACUACAGCGUGCGUCUGCGACUGGGACAGAUACAGGCCGUGGUGCUGGGCAAGUUCUACUGGGAGAUCACCAGAUUUUUCGAGCCUUUUGUGACUCAUGAAAUGACGGAGGUGGCGAGAACGACAGCUGUCGACACUGUCACGAGACAGGUAUCCUUUGUUGAGCCCCCUACGUCUCAGCGGGCAGGGAAGGUGUCGGAGAUGGAGUCACAGAACCUGCGUGUGAAUCUGAACGUGGACCUGCGCACCCCGACACUGCUGCUCCCUCACGACUCUAAGUCCACAGAGCUUCUCCUUGUGCAGCUGGGAGACCUGACGGUGGGGAACUCCUUCCUGCACACAGAGGGCUCGGGGGCCGUGCAGCAGGAGUGGAACCACAUCCGGGUCAACCUCAGUCACGUGCAGGUUCAAAGGGUACGUCUGAAUCUUGUGGAAGACACCACAGAGAUCCUGCACACGGUCCUCGAACCGCUGGACUUCCGAGCAGACGUGAAGAUGGCGAUGAAGCCGGUGGUCAACAACGUGGUGCUGGAUGUGUCGGGGCAUCUGGAGAAGGUCAAGGUGUACAUUCUCCAGAAGGAUCUCCAGCUGAUCCUGGGUGUGUGGCGCUACAACCUGACGGAAGGGUCGCCUCCCCCUAGCCCUGGUAUCUUUGAGUCCCCGACCCUCCAGAACCUGCAGGCGACGGCCCAAAUGACCGCCGCUGUUGACCACGACUCACCGGUCCACUCGGCCGGAGCCGUCUCCUCGGACAGUGCCGCAUCGCUGGACCAGAAGAGUAUGACCACUAUCCAGUUCAAGCUAGACGGGAUGUGUAUCACGCUGUUCACCGACAGUGGAAAAGAGCUGGCCACACAGUGCAGCCUGUGCUGCCUGGACAUGGAGAAGGUUAAUGUGUCGGGGAUGUCACACAGCGACGGCGACAUCCGUGUCAGUAUCUCGCUCAUGUCGCUCAACGUCACGGACACCAGACCUGACAGUCAGCUGGCGGUCAAGAGAAUCCUGCACUGCACAGGAAAAGCCGCAGCCUCUGAUGAUCUCCCCUUGGUGUCUCUCAUCUACAAGAUAAGCGGCGACGGCAACCAGAAAGCUGACCUGAUGGUAGAGAAGGUCCGGCUCAACGUUCACAUUCCCUACAUGCUCAUCCUGCUCGACUUCUUCAACGGCGCCAUGGAGACGGUCAACCAGAAGUCCCAGCAGGUGACCUCCCCUUCCACGCCCGGUGGGCGGAGCCUAGCCCUCCCUCACUACCAAGCCCAGCCCAUCAUUUCGUCUGACGAGCCAGGCUCCUCCCCCGGCCCCGCCCAGUCGACGUUCACCGUAUCUGGGAGUCUGAAACAGCCAGAGAUUGUUCUGUACGCCGAUCCAACGAAGGCGAACAGCCGGGCAGCCAUUUUAUAUUCUGACAUUGCAUUUGAAUACAAGACAGACCAGAUAAAGCAAACAGUCUGGGCCAAGGUCACGGAACUCAAGGUCGCCACGUGGAUGAACAUACAGAAAAUCUCAUCCUCUGGGAACUUAGUUCUGCUGCCCUGUGACCUUGAGUUCACUCAGAAGGUCAACCUGGACACCAGCGCGGUUGAGAUGUGUGUGGAGAUGAGCAAGGUGCAGGUGUUUGUGUCAGCAUCGGUGAUGCAGCUGUGCUGGGACGUGGUGCAGAUGUGGCAGGGGGAUGGCAAAGAGCCCAAGCCAAGCACCCCGCGACCUGACCCAGAGGUCGACGUCAAGAGUCUGUGGGGGGUCAGCAAGGUCACCUCGGAGCGCUGGCUCAAGGAUGUCCCGGACCAGGCAAACAUCGUCCACCACCUGCGACCGACAAGCGUGCCCAAAGAGAACCUCAAGGUCACUGUCCAGGACAUCAACGUGUACUUUGAGAUCGAGACCCUGGACCAGCACGUGCCCAUUCUGUGUGUACACACGGCCUUGGACGCCAAGCUAGAAGAGUGGUCCAGGAAGCUCCACGUCGAGGCGGAGGUUCACCUGGAGGUGAUGUUCUUCAACGAGCGAGUCAGCGUAUGGGAGCCUAUGGUAGAGCCCGUAAUGGAGAAGGAGGGCAUGUACCGGUCCUGGGAGAUGCUGGUUAAGGUGGUGCACGCCAAGAGUUUCCCGAUCCUGUGUCUCUACGACGAGGAUGACCUGACGGUGCCCGAGGAGCUGCAGACGGAGGUACAACAGAUGAUGCACCGGGCCAGGCUCAAGUCCAGCAGCUCCGAGACGGACGAGCCCGACGCAGAUGCGGACAUGACGGUCAUCAGGCACAAGUCGCUGCGGAGGUUACGACAUGGGAGUGACCGCAGUUUUGACUCGGCCAGCUGUCACAGCAGCGUGCAGGGCGAGUCCGACUCGGAGCCCGAGGGCUUCAUCUCUCACAUGACCAACAAGCUGGGCAGCAUUUUCUCCAGCGACAGCAGCGACGCCGACGUCAGCGAGACUGACGACAACGACGACCAGGUGGACCUGGCACUGGACAAGCCCGUCUUCCUCACCUCGAAGGGCCCCGUGCACAUGUCUGCCGUGUAUGUCCCUCACGUGACCAUCAUCACAGGGGGUUCAGCCAUGGGAUUCGAUGAGGUGGAUGCCGGACCUGGUAUGUCUUCGAUGAUGGAGGAGGAGGAGGAGAAAUGUCUGUAUGUCAUGAUGGACUCCCUGGACAGACUGAAACUCAACGUCACCCCUCAGGCUAUCGCUGUGCUUAAAGAUGUUGUAGAGGCACUGACCAAUCCCAGCCAAUCAGAGCUGCAGUCCGUGCGGUCAUGUCCCAGAUUCAAAGUGGACAACAAGCUUGGCUUGCAUACAUACAUCACAGUCCAUCCAAAGAUAAAGGUUCGCAAAGACCAGAUCCAUGAUGCCACAGUGUACCACGCGGGAGAAGACGACAACAUCAUCCACGCCGCCGACUACGAGAACGACAUCGAUGUGAUUGUGGAGGACGAGGAUGGCAAGUGUGAUAAAGACUUUCCCGACUCUUCUCGGUCAGUGUCCACUCUCCUGGCCAAAGCGGGUCACACACUGAUCAGUGCCGGAGCGUUUGUGUUUGAGGAUGAUGACGACUACCUGUCCGGCACACAGCUGGACUAUUACAGGUGUAAAGUGCAGGUGGAAGGCUUUGAGCAGACGACAUCCAUACUGCACAAACGAGCUUGCAGACGCCUCCUUCCUCUCACCCCCAUCAAGUCUGAUGAAAUGGAACUGGAGAACGGUGUGAAGUACUGCGCUGUGAUGGAUGUGGAUAUGUGGCAUGGGAGGAAGUCGGUGCAGUUUUACUCUCCCCUCAAGGUGGAGAACCAACUGACCUUGGCGGUGGACGUCUACUGCCGCACCGAGACCCUGAAGAAGUUCAAGGCCACCCAUGACCUGGCCGGGGAGGACAAGUUCUCCCACCUGGCGACUGUAGAGCCCGGACAGUCGUACAACCUGCCUCUGUUUGUCGCCUACCACUGCCCGCUGUUCAUCAAGCCCUCCGACAUACACUACGAGCUGACGUACAGCGGCCUGUGGUGGCAGGAGAUGCUGCAGGGCAAGGACCGCGUCAAGACCUUCAUGUGCAUGUCCUCGCAGGAGGAGAAAAAGUCAUUCCACUUCAAGGCUAUAUGCAAAGAGGGAGAACCAUUGAAGCCUGCACAGACAGUGCCGAGAACCCUACCCUACUACACCAUCUCGCUGUACCCGCCGGUCACGCUGCACAACUACCUCCCCUACGACAUCAACUUUGCUCUUCAGGGCUCUUCCAAAACCAGCAGCCUGACACAUGGGGAGACGUCACCUCUUUACACCGUAGACAUGCACGGCUCACACAAGAUUACCAUCACGCUGCCAGAUUACCUGGGCUCUGAUUGGUCGGGCACUCUGGACGUGUCCUCAGACAUGGAAGAGUUCCGGGCCAUCUCCAUGGAAACGGAGCUAGACACGGAGAAUGUCAACCGCCAUCUUAGCCUGAGCAUCCACGCUGACCUCUCCAACUCUCUGGACCUGCGGAUUUAUGCCCCUUACUGGGUGGUCAACAAGACUGAUCUCCCCUUGCAGUUGAGAGGAUCUAUGUCCGAGGCUGUGUAUGAGUUUGGCAACUCUCCCAACCCACUGCUGUACCGCUUCAAGAAACACAAAAAGAAAAAGGCAAAACUUCGUGUGUACGAGUCGCGAUGGUCGCAGUCCUUCUCCACAGACACAGUGGGCAGUGGAGGAGUGGUGGUGUGCAACGACAAAGAGAGGGGCAAGAAAUAUAUGUUCCUGGUACAAAUCGCGAUGUCACGGCUGCGUCUGACCAAGAUUGUGACCAUCAUGCCCUUCUUCCUGGUGAUCAACAACUCAGCCAAGAAACUCCGCUACAUGGAGGAGAACGAGAACGCUGACCUCUGGGUGGACAUUGACCCUGAGCAGUUCCAGCCCUUCUGGCCAGUGACGGAGUCUUUCAACCUGUACGUGAAACACGACGGAAGCAACGUGUCCUCCCUCCACUUCCCCAUCAAGUCCUGCCACACCACGGUCCUGAGGAUGGACCAAGGGCGGGCCAUCACGGUGGAGGUUGCUGGGGGAACGGACACGCCUAUCACCAUCGUGUUCUCCGACUACGAGCCCGGAGACGCGCCGGCCCGCGUGGAGAAUCUGUGUGAAGACGUUUUCAUCAAGAUACAUCAGAAGAACCAGAGUCAGGUGACCUUGCUGUCGCCCAAUCAGAGCAUCUUGUACACGUGGGACGAACCAUCGGCCGAGCGGACGCUCAUGUGGAACGUUUAUGGUCGAAAGAAACCCAGCUACCCCGCUUUCAUUUCAAAGGAUGGGUCUGGAGAGGUACGUCUGCGAGUGCCGUCUCUGAGAACCGGUGGGAAUGCGGGCAUGGACAUCACUGAUGGGGCAGACUCGGGCGACAGUAGUCCUGAAGAUGAAAGCGACGAGGCAGACGGGCUGAUCGGACCGAUGGACCGGUCACUCGUGGGCAAGACCCGGCUGGACAAGAUGAUCGUGUUCUGGGUGUCCUACCUGGACGGUCUACAACGCGUGUUGCUCUUUACACAGGACGAGCGCGUCGCGAGAGCGGUCAGGAAGGGACACGUACAGAGUGUAGACUUGCCUCGCAAGCGCAGUGUCCUGCAGAUCAACGAAGGAGAGCAGACGGAACUGGCCCUGUUUGCGUCACUAGAGGGCGUGUGUGUCUCUGUGAUCAACUCCAUGUACCAGGAGGUGACGCUGCUCUCUGUCGCCUCGGCCCCGGCCGUCUGGGAGGUAGAGGUCAAGGACAAGUGGAGGUCACUCAGCGUGGAGCUCUCCACCUGGCUGGAGGAUCAGUGGAAGGGGGAGGUCACUGCCGCGAACCUGCACGAUCAGAUUGAAGCUGACCUGAACGGUAUGCAGAUGACCAAGCCGUUCAUGGGCUCCCUGCGCCGGACCUUCCACCCGGGAGUUUGGUGUGAGUACCGCAGCUCUCGACACCACACGGCCGUCAAUCUGUCUGUGCAGACACUGCAGAUUGACAACCAGCUCCCAGACGCGUACUUCCCGACCGUCCUGUGUCCGACCCCAAUCCCAUCGUACGUUCUGCGACGUAUGGGACCCAAACCAUUCAUUGAGAUGGGGCUGAUGAGGCGGCAGGUUCCGGAGCAGGGCAUUGACACCAUCAGAUAUGCCAAGAUCUUAGUCCAGGAGUUCAACCUCAAACUGGACAAAGGCUUCCUGCUGUCCCUACUGGACGUCACCACCAAUCUGACCCCACCGGAGAAAGAGAGCUUCCAACUGCAGUGUGACCUGUUCCUAGCCCGGCAAAGUCUGAAGGAAGCCACAACAGGGCUGAUUGCAUCUCGACCUCAGAAGAUCCUAUUUGAGUACAUCCAUUUGUCUCCCUUGAAGCUCCACCUGAGUUUCUCGCUCUCGGGCAAAGCGUACAUCGCUCCGAACAGUCAGAACGCGGUGCAGACGUCUUCGUCGGGUCUGAAGGGCGAUAUCGUCGACUUCUUCCUCAACUCUGUUGGCGUGACGCUCACAGAGAUCAAGAAUGUUGAGCUGAGAAUGGCGUACUUCGAGCGUAAAGGAGCGCUGCUGUCGACCACUCAGCUCCUGGCCCAGGUUCAAACCCACUUCACCCACCAGGCCCUACAACAAGCCUACGUGCUCAUUCUGGGCCUGGAUGUGCUGGGAAAUCCGUACGGCCUCGUCAAAGAUUUCACGCAAGGACUCGGAGACUUUUUCUACGAACCCUUCCUGGGUUCAAUUCAAGGUCGCGAUGAGUUCACGGACAGCCUGAGGCGAGGUGUACAGAGCUUGAUGGGAAACACGAUUGGUGGCGCUGCAGGUUCUGUAGCUCUCAUGACGGGAGGAAUUGGACGUACCCUGGCAGCUCUCUCCUUUGAUGACGACUACAAAAGGAAACGGAGAAUCCGCAUGCAGCAGGAACCUCAAGGUCUUCCGUCCAGUCUGGCCGCCGCCUCCAAGACGAUGGUGAUGGGCGUCGGCCUGGGUCUGUCGGGCGUGGUGCUCGACCCAAUCAAAG